AUGACUGAAGCGCUACACGAUAGACUAAAGGAAAGUAACGAGAACGAAGACAUGAAAGCUGACGCUGCUGCCAAGGUGCAAAGAUUCACAGACUGGGCGCUCAAGUGCAUUGGCUCUCACUCGAGAGGCAAAGGGAAGUUCAGUCGAGGGGAAGGCAGCCGCGGUCUCCAGAGCUCCAUCGUCGAGUCGAGGAUGCAGCUCAUGGCUUUCAAGAGGUUUCUAGAGCUGGCCGGGAACAAGCUGACUGUGAAGGAUAUCACGGAAGCUUUCGACGCUGCGUGCUUUCCACUCACGCUCUUCUCCAACGCGAUUGAUCCGGGGUGGGCGACGGGGAUUGCCGCGACUGCCAUGCAGGGACUCUUGGGAAUCCUCGUGGAGGCGGGUGCUGAUAAUGUCAACCAGUGCUUCCUCGAGGCCUCGCGAUUUGGAAGCACCGAGCUCGUUCGAAUUCUUCUACAGAUCGCUCGAAGAAGCAAUGUCGAGUUGGACGUAGACUUGGCUCUGGGAUUCGCUGCUCACUACUGCAAGAUCAACACCAUGGAAUGCCUGGUGGAAGACGGCGGAGCCGACGCAUUCCUGGGACCCCUGAUGAGAGCUGCGGAGAGAGGUUCGAUGCAAGUGGUGCUGUGGUUUGUGGAGCGCGGUUGCAAGGACAUGGAACUCUGCCUGGCUCUCACAGCGGCGGCGGCAAGCUGCCGCCUCGAGGUGGCGGACUACCUCCUCGCUCGAGUUCCCAGAUACGUCUUGCAAACUCUCAGCGUGGAGAUCAUCAAAGCCGCGGGAGAACGAAGCAGCGGGUCACUGGGAGGCAUCGCGUUCCUGCUCCAGUCGGAUUUCUUGAGCAAUCCAGAGGCGACUUACAGGCUCGCAGACACGAUCUCGCGCUCCGAGGACGAGGCCAUCACUCCGGAGCUGCGGAGCUUCUUGCAAGAACAGUGGUCCGAGGCAGCGUUUGCGAGGGGGCGGAGGCUGGGCGAGGCGCACCACUUGAAUGUGAUGAGAGUUCUCAAGAAGGGGAACUCGGCGCUUCAUCUGGACGAGCUCCCGCUCCAGCUCCAGGUGAUCAUCGCUUACAUUCCGCUCUACAAGGAAUGCGUCGCCGCCAAGGGGGUGAUCUUGUCGCAGCUGCUGCGAGGCCAAUUGUUUGAUGCGGCGCUGCGAUUGAGCGCCGGGACGCUCCCGGGGACUGAGGACAUGCUCCUCAAAUCCAACAAGCAGACGCUCCUCUCCAUCGUCCAGUCGCGCUUCCCCACCUUCUUGCUGUGGAAGCAAGAACCCUAACUUUUGAAUUAGAAAAGAUGCGAAGGAGAUUCCUCCAGCCAUCGGUGGCGAUUUUCUCAGCC